CGCUCUGGACAAUGUGAUUGGACCACACUUACGCGAAGGCGGGGCUCAUGACGCCACUGUCCUCGGACUAGAGAAAGACGCCAUUUUGUUUUUUAGCGGUGAGGAGGAGAACCGGAAAAAUCGUAGCGAAACUGCACCAAAAGAUCCGCCAACAUGGGGAAUAUGUUUGCAGGCCUCUUUAAGAAUCUCUUUGGGAAGAAAGAGAUGAGAAUUCUGAUGGUGGGCUUGGAUGCUGCUGGAAAGACCACCAUCCUGUACAAACUAAAACUGGGAGAAAUAGUCACCACCAUCCCAACUAUCGGUUUUAAUGUUGAGACGGUAGAGUAUAAGAACAUCAGCUUCACUGUGUGGGAUGUGGGCGGUCAGGAUAAGAUCCGGCCGCUUUGGAGGCACUAUUUCCAGAACACACAAGGCCUGAUUUUUGUUGUGGACAGUAAUGAUAGGGAGCGAGUGAAUGAGGCGAGGGAGGAGUUGACGAGGAUGCUGGCAGAGGACGAAUUGCGAGAUGCCGUGCUGCUCGUCUUUGCCAACAAACAGGACCUUCCAAAUGCGAUGAAUGCAGCUGAGAUCACAGAUAAGCUGGGCCUUCAUUCCCUGCGUCAUCGUAACUGGUACAUCCAGGCCACCUGUGCCACCAGUGGGGAUGGCCUUUACGAAGGGCUCGACUGGCUCUCUAACCAGCUCAAAAACGCUAAAUGAUCCAUUCCACCCUCUCCUCUUCUGUCAGCGCUGUGUGUGUGUGUGAAUGUGUUUGAAGGGUGACAGCACUGGUUUCAGUCUUGCCCUGUUUAUCCAUUUCUUUCUCUUGUCCAGUCUUGUAUACGUCAGAGACUCUGCCCAGUGCUGUCGAUAAUACACAUGCAAGAGUGUGUGUGUUUACGUGUGCAUGUGUGUGAACUGAGGGUGGGAGUAGCCUUGCUGUGCCUUUCAAAAUAGACACUCAGUGUACAGCACGGUUCUCUCUUUCUCUCUCCUCUCCCCGUGGUUUUCUGCACGCAAAGAAUGACCCAGGAUGUUAAAUAUUUCUGUUACCUAAUACACUGAAACCAGACUAUAGGCCUGAUUUGUCCCUUUCCCAAUGUUUAAAGCAAUCACGCAUGUCUAAAAUGUUACAAGGUGUGAGUUGCCAUCCUUUGACCCCACAUUUGAUAAAACUCAUUGUAACCUGCAUCAGGUUGGGAAAAAAAAGAAGGAAAAAAAUCAGACAAUAAAGUGACAUUUCUUUGCCAUCCA